AUGCCCUCUCCCAGUCCAAAAACCACCAAUCGGCCCCAAGGUUUUGUGGCCCCAAUUGGAUGCCAGAGCUGCCGAGAUCAACAUCUCAAAUGUGACCGCGUAACUCCUAUUUGCGGGCGCUGUGCGUCCAACAACAAAGAGUGCACCAGAGGGUACAAGUUCCGUGUCAAAAAUGGACCAUUCUCAAAGACACAGAGAUGGAUCAGAACACCCAAGAGAUUGAGAUUCGUGGACGAGAGUGGUGCUGCCUCAGGUGAUGGCGAUGCAACUCCUGUCGUGGACGCUUUCCCAGAUGACUGGCCUGAUUCGGUCUCAGAUGACUCCGGCACCGCCAUAACAGGAACCACGGCCACCACAGCUACAGAUGGCAGCUGUGGUCUGGGGCGCCCGACCAAUGGCCAGCCCGUCCCAACCUUGGCCGUGGCCCGGCAGCAAUCACCGACAGAUCGCUUCAUCAUGCAAGAUGAACACUUGGCCUCGCCUGCGAGAGCCUUGCCGGGAUUUCAGAACCUGACCUUGGCCGCUGGUUCCGAGUCAAUCCCGGCACCCAUCCCCAUGGUCAUCCCAUUCGAGAUGGAGGCCGAAGACCCCGAGGUUCGGGCCAUGCGAGCUCAGAUAUACCGUGAGAAAGACAUAUGGCCUCUCGAGAGUCGAGAAGAAGCCAUGUUGUUCCGCCACUUUAUCCAGAGGCUGUCAAUAUGCCUUGACGUGUGCGAUCCGAACCAGUCGUUCGAGACUGUUGUCCCGCCCCGGGCAGGAACUUGCAAGAUUCUGAUGAACGCCAUCUUGGCUCUGUCUGCCAAACAUCUUCAUAACACGGAGUCUUACGACCCAUAUGCCUCAGACCGGUACCACCAAGAGUGCCUGAACACGUUGAUCCCGAUCCUGAAUCACGAGCACCACACAAUGUCGGACGAGAAUCUCUUUGCUGCCACAAUCAUUCUCAGAAUGUGGGAAGAGAUGGAAGUGAAGCACUCUGGCGUCGAUGCGCACAGCUACCUUCUCGGGAUCCAAGCAUUUGUCCAUCACAGUGUGGGUGGAGAUGGGCCCUUGGGCGCUCGCUAUCUCAUGCCUGGCUCGCUUAGCGGCGCAGCCUUCUGGGUAGGCCUCAGACAAGAGAUAUAUAGCGCGAUGAUGAACCAAGAGCCGGUGCGCAUCAACCUGGUGCACUCCCUGGUGGACCGUUCACUCCAGCCAACCGACGACUAUGGGUGGGCAAACAGGGCAUGCGUGCAUUGCGCUGAUGUGCUGAACUUUUGCUUCGGCGAUGGUGCUGCCGUGUCGAGGUGUGGCGGCCUGCAGUGGUGGGCUGAGUUGGACGAGUACAAUCGUGGAUGGACAGAAAGUCUGCCCUCAAGCUUCACGCCGAUAUUUCGACGAGAGGCGGCCACGGAGAAGGGCGAGGUAUUUCCAGAGGUCUGGUAUCAGAGUGCUUGUCAUGCACUUGGAGUACAACAUCACUUGCUGGCGGAGCUAUUCCUCGUGAGUUUCGACCCAAAGACCCCUCGCAUUGGGGGACAGAGGAAAGAAGCGGCCAAGAGAAAUAAUGAACGCAUUCAGGACCUCGUCCGCAAAGUAUGCGGGAUUGGCCUGUGCAAUCAAUGGACGCCGCCAAGCAUGUUCACGGCUUGCAUGGCGAUUGCAGCUUUUGGAGAUCAAUUUCAAGACCGCCGGGACCAGGUGGCGUGUAUGGAUCUCCUCAAAAGGACGGAGAAGGACCACGCACGCCCUACCGAGGCAGUGCAGCAGCAGAUGAUGAAAUCAUGGGACUGGACACCGGGCUGA